AUGCGCCGAGCGACUAUUUUAUUAUUGGCGGCCUCCCGCCUCUGCGGAGCCAAGCUUCACAGCUUCAGCAUCCACGAAGAUGUGUUAGCACAUCCAGAGUUUGAGGUCAUCUUUGGUAACAACGUCAUCUCCGAAAAAGAUGCGAAACUGCUCGUCCAGGACCCAGCUCAAUCCACCGACAAGGCACGACCGACCGAGGCCGCCCAAGGCCAUGGCAAGGACGACAACGAAACUCCACUAUACACAUACGAAAUGGUCAACAUGGGUGACUACAAAGCGCUCUGCUCAAUACCGGUCAUUGAGCCCGCGGCGGCCGAGAACAAAACGGCAACGGAACUGGCCAAAGCGGAGGAAGCACGCGAGGCAAGCCGGGCCGUGGAGAGCGGAUGGGAGCUGAUUGCCGAUCUAGAAGACACAUGCCUAUAUUAUGUGUCUGGAUGGUGGAGCUACUCUUUCUGCAGAAACACGGAGCUUGUGCAGUACCACGCUCUGGCGAGCAGCCCCAAGGGCCAGCCUCCAAAGCGCGAUCUUCACUCGCCAGAGUACGUGCUGGGAAGGGUUCCCACCGUUCCCUCGCAGUCGCGAAGCUCAGAGUCGGCCAACGCGGCCGAACACGAAUUGGAUCCAAUUCCGGCCGAGAUUCAGGAAAAGGGCAAGCAGAGGUACUUGGUGCAGAAGCUCGAGGGUGGUACGAUUUGCGACCUGACGCAGCGAGAGCGCACGGUCGAGGUCCAGUACCACUGCGUGCCAGGACUUCAAACGGAAAAAAUCAGCUGGAUCAAGGAGGUAACUAUUUGCGCCUACGUUAUGGUGGUUGACACACCACGACUGUGCAGCGACGCUGCUUUUCUGCCUCCCGAACCUACGCAAGCCAAUGCUAUCACUUGCAACCUUGUGUCGGACGAGCCGUCGCUCCUACUUGAUUCGAAGAAGGAAACCCACGAGACGGAAGAAAAGAAUGGCGAGAAGGUGGGGGGCGCAGCGGCGGUCGCGGCCGCAGCUGCCACCGCGCUCAAGGAGCUGCUCCGUGACACAGGGGACGGCGCCAAGGGCAAGCGUGCUGUGGUAGGUGAUAUCAAUGUUGGCUCGCGCAACAUUCUAUCGCUGGGAGAUGAGGCGGGCCGAGUGCCGUUCAAGUUGACGCCGCCACGAAGCUUCAUGUCGACUGGCCUUGCGCAGGAACCUAAAUUCCAGGUCAUUGUGGCUCAAGGCGCGAGUUUAGAGGACGGUGGCGAAGUGGAAUCGCUCUCGCGAGAAGAGCUCAGAAAGCUGGAGAUUGACCCGGAUACAGUCAAGAAAAUGGCUGCAGAGGUUCAAAAACUUGCUGGCGACAGCGGCUGGCGCUUGGAGGUGUCUGACUCGGGCCUGGCUGGCGUGCGCGAGCUCAAGGGCUACAUUGACGACGACGACGAAGACGAGGAGGCUGAGAAGAAGGCCAAGGCGAAGGCGAAGCAGCAGCGGGAGAGCAAGGAAAAGGCAAAGAAGACGGGCAAGUCGACUAACAAAGCCACGAAGAAGAAGAAUCAAGCAGACGCCGACGAGAAAGACUGGUCGGCGCCGAGGACGCCAAACCCAGAAGCGGAGGAAGGUGCCGAGGAAGAGUUUGAGGAUGAAGAGGGCAGCCAGGAAGAAUUCUACAACUACAAAGAUGAGCUGUAG